AUGUUUACGUUAAUGAAUGGUGAGGGAUGGGCCAGCGGCGUAGCGGCGUUGUUGUGGGUUGUGAACUGUCAAGUGCCGCAGACUACUGAUCUCACUACUACCUAUGUAGUUUAACAAAGGGGGAAAUAUUAAUAUUCUUUUUUACCCUGGUGUGAAUUGAGUACACAAUACCGAUAUUUCCUGCAAAGUGCCAAGGUUAAUCACGAAAGGAGUUAGAAAUGGGGUCCUUAAGAACUCGUGGUGCCGGGACAAUGCUGGUGAUGGCGGGAGUAGUAUCUGUAUUUCUAAGCCUUCCUUCCGUGCUAGGAACAUCUGACGACCCAUUCAUGUCGUACGAUUUUCUGUACAACGAGGGUAUAGAAAAAUACUUGGCAGAAGACUGGGAGGGAUGUAUUAAAUUCAUCGAGAUGGCGUUAGAGGAUUGGCAUUGGUGGCAAAAAAACAUCGUAAGCUGCCGAAGAAAAUGUUCAGAAGAAAGUGCCAGAGAGAAAUUAUUUUCUGAAAAUCUAACUGAAGAAGUUAGAUUCUUUGAGAAAUCCAUCCGUAACACAUUAUGUCUGGUGAAAUGCAAGAAGGAAGUAUUUGGGUCCCGCAUGGACCGAGUGGCUGAAGGACAUGUUGAUGAGGACUUUGAAAUUCGAAAACCAUAUGAUUAUCUACAGCUCUGUUAUUACCGGGCUGGCAAACUGAAAGAAGCAACUGAUGCAGCAGCGACUGUUUUGGCAAAACAGCCUGAGCAUGAAGUCAUGAAAAAUAAUUUAAAGUACUAUCUUACAGAAGGAGAUAUUAAGACUGAAACUGUGCUUAAUCGAGAGUUAAAGGAUUAUGGAAAAAAUUAUGUCCUAGGGAACAAUGCCUACAAUAAUAAUGAAUAUGAAAAAACAGUUGACCUCAUGGAGAAGAGUCUUACAGCAUACCUCAGUGCUGAGGAUGAUUGUCGCCACCUUUGUGAAAAACCUUUUGAUCAAGGAUGGUUUCCUGACUUCAUUUCCUCUAUUGCAAAUCACUAUACAUAUACUCUAAGGUGCAAGAGAAGAUGUCCUUUUGAACUAAGUAUUUUAUAUGGGGAACCUAUCGACGACUUUUAUGCAUCCUACUACAAUUAUCUACAGUUUUCUUAUUACCAUGAGGGUUCAUUUGCUAAAGCAGCUGAGGCUGUGGCAUCUGCUCUUGUGUUAAACCCAGAGGAUGAAUCGCAACUUGGCAAUAAGGAAUAUUUCUUGAAAGAAGGAAAGGUGACUGAAGACAUGUUUGUUCCCAGACAAGAAGUCGUGGAAUACAAGCAAAGACAUGAUUAUGAAAAGAAGAUGAUGGAAUACAUUGAGACAAGCUUCCUCUUCCUUAGUGAUGACGAAUAUUUGGAAGACGUUGAUGAUGCGACUCAGCCUGCUUCACCAGCUUCAUCCAAAAAGAAUACAAGCAAGGAGCUUAGGGCUCAAAGACUAACAGAAAAAGCUCGUGACCUGAUGAAAGAGGCGAAGGGGAAUCACUCCGAGAAUCUCUCACAGAUGGGAAUCCAGGUCGUCAUGAGAGAGCGGGAACUUGGAGGGAAGCAGCGAGUAGUAGCAGAUGGAUUUGCCAGGCACUUGGAGUGUUUGGUAUUGACAGAGCUGAUAAAGUUGGCGUCCGAAGAGAACAAUGGGUACAAAGGAGGGAACCCCCACACACAGUCAGAGAGGUUCUUUGGAGUUACGUUGGGCAGGACCGGAAUGAUGGUUCAUGCAAAACUGAUUGGCACAGAAUUAUUGGAACUCAUUUUGGAUGUCACAGACCAUUUGCGGGAUUAUAUUCAAGAGUACUUCAAACUGGAGAAGCAUUUGUAUUUUUCUUUCACACAUCUUGUUUGUCGAACAGCGAAGCCAGAUAAGUCAGCAAAUAGGUCAGCAUCUGAUUUAAGCCAUGAAGUCCAUGCUGAUAACUGCAUUUUGCAAGAGUCGGGCAGAUGUCUGAAAAUACCACCUGCAUACACUUUCCGGGAUUACAGUGCAAUUCUAUACCUCAACGAGGACUUCAAAGGAGGGGAGUUCAUUUUUACCAAGGAUCGUACAGGGGCGUCAUAUGAGGGGAUGGUACAGCCAAAGUGUGGAAGGAUGGUAGCCUUCUCAGCAGGCCCAGAAAAUUUGCAUGGUGUCUUACCAGUUUUGGAAGGAAGUCGAUGUGCCAUUGGGAUGUGGUUCACUCAUAAUGAAAAGCACAAAGAAAUUGAACGAUCAUUAGCUGAACUGCUGCUCAAGAAGUUGGAAUGAUUCGUGGAAGGCUUACCUGUUUCUGGAAACCGAAUUAUGCUCUUCUUAUGUGCCUGAAUGUUGGAAUUGUAUGCUCAGGAUCAAUGGAUUUAACAUUAACUAAUGUACUUGCUAAAACCCAGGCAUUCAAGUGUCAGCUGUAGGGAAUAUUAAACAAGUAAAUAAUGCGCCGAAGUUUCGAGUUUUCUGUACAGCCACUGCAGCAUAAAUCAAGGCCACGGAAAAUAUAUCUAUCUUUUGGUGGUCUCGAUAUAAUGCUGUAUGAGCCACGGCCCAUGAAACUUUGACCACGACCCUGUGGUGGCCAGUCUUAUAUCGUUCCCUUAAGAACAAUUAUGGCUAACUUUAACCUUAAAUGAAAUAAGAACCACUGAGUCUAGAGGGCUGCAAUUUGUAUGUUUGAUUAUUGGAAGGUUGAGGUGAUCAACAUAGCAAUUUGCAGCCCUCUAGCCUCAGUAGUUUUUGAGAUCUAAGGGCGGACAUAAAAAGUGCGGAUAGAAAAAAAGUGCGGAUGGACAGCCAAAGCCGGUGCAACAGCUUUCUUUUAAAGAAAGCUGAUGAAAAUGGUGAAACUUGGAUUAUCUAGUCACUACAGCUAACACAGUACAGUCAGCGUUGUUUUUUAUGUAAUUCAAACUUUGAAAUCUAGUCAAAUUUAGACAUUAACGUAACACUAUUUCUUAAAUUCCUAAAAGUCUAUCAAAGAUAUAGAAAAAGUCAUCCUUCAAAACUUUGCCAAUGAAGUGUAGAGCACAGAAGUAACAUGGAAGAAGUGGUUGUUAUCAAGCUAGCAAUAUGACAAAGAAAACUGAAUUUCCAGACAAGGGACAUUUUUGUAUACUUUGUUAUUCCUAGACCAUUUAAUUUUCGUUCACACAGUUUAUCCGAUGUUUAUCCUGCCAUUCCUCGAUGGGAAAGUGUAUGAAAAUGUUAUAUUUUAUUAUUAAUGAUAUAGCAGUAGGCAUAUAUUUUGUUAUUGUCCACGUGUGUGUAGUACUAAAUCUAUGGGUUUAUUCAGCUGGCACUGGAGAUGUUCAGAAUUGUGCGGCAUGUUUUGAAACCUUUGUAUAAAUAAAAUAAAAUUUCUGUUU